AUGAAUAUUUUUGAAGCUGAUCUUAAUACUGAGAAAUUCAAUUUGCCACUUAAAUUCGGCAUUAAUUCGACCGUUAUUGGAGAUGUCACAAAGGUUGUUCCUGUCACAAAGAAACCAGAACUCAAUGAAUUCUUAGAUUUGAGUAUUGAAAUGAAUGAAGACGAAUUUGGUCGUUUGGGAAAGAAUAAAUCACAAGCUGCUGAGAAAGCGAUUAGCCCCAAACCAGAUGAUGAAGAAGAUGAUGAUUUAAGUAAAAGUAUUUACCAUAAUCCAAAGAAAGAUCAGACAAUUGUCGAGUUUGAAGAUGCAGAAACUUGGGAAGAUGAAAAAAUGUACAGCUUUCUUGGUGACGGUCCAAAUCGUUAUGAAUACACAAUCAUUCAGAAUUUCGAUGAAUCAUUGUCAUUUAAAUUAAGAGAUGCAAUUGUGAAGAGCAAAGGAAAUCCAUUUUCUAAAGAUGUUCGCACAUUGAUUCUUGAACAAUGCAAUUUCGAACAAUAUCUUGAAGAUCACAUUGAUUCCUGUUCUUUAUUAAAGAAUGUUCCUCAAUUAAAAAUCGGAGGGACUUUACAGUGUGGAAAUGACAUGUAUAAAGUGGCUAAAAUUCUUGGAAAAGGUGGAUUUGGUUCAGUUUUUGAAGUGCGCAACAUGAAGAACAAUGAAUCGUAUGCAGCAAAGCAAGAAAAACCACCAAAUCUAUGGGAAUAUUAUAUUUUAAUCGAACUAGUCUCUCGAUUAAGUUCAAAGAACAUUAAUCACAUGAUUCCAGCUUAUAUGCAUGUCUACAAAGCUAUUGUUGCCAAUAAUGCUAGUGUCUUAAUCUCGGAAUAUUCUCCACAUGGAUCACUCAUUGAUGUUUGCAAUAAAAUUAAGCAAGGCACUAGUAAAAACGUUGAUGAAUAUAUUGGAAUGAUUUUUACAUCACAGCUCUUGUCUAUUAUUGAUUAUCUCCAUUCAUGUCACAUCAUUCAUGCUGAUAUUAAGCCUGACAAUUUUGUUUUGAUGUCCAAAAUUGCUAUUGGAAUAAAAGUUCCAUCACUGCAGCUAAUAGAUUUUGGAUCUGCAAUUGACAUGGAUAGCUUCGAUAAAGAUGAUGAGUUCACUUAUGUCGUGAAAACAGACAAUUUUACAUGCUGUGAGAUGCUUGAGAAUCGGUCAUGGACAUAUCAGACAGAUCUUUUUGGUAUUUGUGGGACAGCUCAUGUGAUUCUAUUUGGAAAGUAUAUAGAAGUUGAAAAGAAGUCAAGCAAUUGGCAAAUUAAGACAAGAUUCCCAAGAUACUUCCAGAAAGAUAUUUGGGAUAAAUUCUUCAAUACUUUACUUAAUGUUCCAGACUGUAAGACUAUGCCGAAUCUUCAAACGUUGAAGCAGCACUUUGAUGAAGAAAUCUCAUACAGACAAAAGUAUAUAUCAGAUAAAGUGGCUGAAUUUAAUAAUGCUCUGCUUAGUUAGAGCCUGUCGCUAUAAAAUAUGAUGUAAAAAUCAAAAUUUUUUUUAAGAUUUUUUUUAAGAAUAUAAUUUUUUACCAUAGACAUGCCUAUUUGCUAAAUUUUAUAAUAUAAUAAAUGAAAAAAUAUCUAUUCAAACUAUAAUUAAUAGCUUUUUGUAAUGACUGAAUAAAGCCUGAUCAAACCGUUCAAUUUUAAUUUGAUUUUUCGAACAUCAUAUAAGUAAGAAGUAAUUAGAAACAGCCUCAAGCGCAUAAUUGAUGCUUCACACUCUGCUUGCUUUUAUGGUUCACGAGCAAAUACAGAAAACACAACUUACGUAGAAAACCAACCAAAUUCCACGUCUCUUUUGAUAGAUUGCUGUACACAAUAAAGAAGAGAUUUUUCGUUUAAAACAAAAAUUAAACAGAAAGUCUUUUGCAUAGAUCAAACUUCAGCUUAAGUUUCUGUCUUGGGGCAACAUCCAAUCGAAGUUUGUUAAUU